AAUCAUAGCCCGCCCUGUACUGAGCGGCAGCCAAUGGGAGGCACGCUCGAGCUGCUUCCGGCUCGGCGCUCCGCUCGCCCCUUCCCCAGAUCUUCCCGCGACGGGCGGGGCUCGGGGCGGGCGUCGGCCGCGGUGACGCGCGGCGGGCCAGGAGCCAAUAGGAGGCGGGCUGGGUACUGAUGGACGGGUCCAGCGGCCAGUGGCGAGGCCCCGGCCGCACUUCCCGUCGGGGAGAGAGUGUAAUAUGGCGAAGACCUACGAUUACCUGUUCAAGCUGCUGCUGAUCGGGGACUCGGGGGUGGGGAAGACCUGUGUCCUGUUCCGCUUCUCCGAGGACGCCUUCAACUCCACGUUCAUCUCCACCAUAGGAAUUGACUUUAAGAUUCGGACCAUAGAGCUGGAUGGCAAGAGAAUCAAGCUACAGAUAUGGGACACGGCUGGGCAGGAGCGCUUCCGAACCAUCACCACGGCCUACUACAGGGGGGCAAUGGGCAUCAUGCUGGUCUAUGACAUCACCAAUGAGAAGUCCUUCGACAACAUCCGGAACUGGAUUCGGAACAUUGAGGAGCAUGCCUCCGCCGACGUGGAAAAGAUGAUUCUGGGGAACAAGUGUGACGUAAAUGACAAGCGCCAAGUCUCCAAGGAGCGGGGAGAGAAGCUGGCCCUUGACUACGGAAUCAAGUUCAUGGAGACCAGUGCGAAGGCCAACAUCAACGUGGAGAAUGCCUUUUUCACCCUCGCCAGAGACAUCAAAGCAAAAAUGGACAAGAAAUUGGAAGGCAACAGCCCGCAGGGCAGCAGCCAGGGCGUCAGGAUCACCUCAGACCAGCAGAAGAGGAGCAGCUUCUUCCGGUGUGUCCUGCUGUGAGGAGCGCCGCCUGCUGGAGCCUCUCAGCCGAGCUGACUGUGCCUGCCGGGCGAGCCCUCGCUCAGCCAGGGGCCUCCCCCAGCCUCCAGCACCCCACCGGGGCCGGGCCCUGCCACCGGCGCUGGGGGGCCCCCAGAAUGCAAUUGAGAAAUUGUUUAUUUUAGUAACUGUCUGAUCUUUUUCAACUCCGGAAAUGGACUAAGUUAAGAAUCUGCUAUUUUUUUUUCUGUGACGUCCGCUGAAGAGACCUGGCCACACACCGCGAGAGGGGACAGAGCGAGAGCGAGUGAGCGAGAAUGCCAGGUCGAGCUGUGGCCAGCAGCAGCGGCCGCCGUGGGCCUCCGAUGGCUCGUGUCACUGUGACACAGGACCUGUCCUGGCCACCCUGCCCCCUCCAAGGCCAGCAGGGAUUCCAGGGUGCUGGGUCCCCACACCCCAAGCGAGGCGGCCGGGGGCCAGGCGCGCACUGGAGCUCUGCUCUCCAUUUGGGACGAGUGACAAACACCAUUCCUCCCACCCCAGCCCCGUGCCCCCCCGCCGCUGCCUUCUCUAAUGCUCAACCAAAGGGAGGCACAAAUCCGGUGGAGACGCCGCGUGUGGCAGCGUCUGGAAGGCUGUGCCAGCCCUGGGCGCCCUGCGGCCCCCACCCCUGCUCGCGCCCCGCCGCCUCUGCAUCGGACGCUCCUCCUAGCUGAGAUUUUUAUUUUUCCAGAUUUCGUACCUAGCGCCAUGACGUGAUCCUGUCUCUGAUUGCCAGUUGGCAGGCCCAGGUGAACGGACCCGCCCGGCAGCUGGACACGGCCCUGUGCACCGGGCGGCGGCCUCGCACCGUGGGUGCCCUCCACAGGGCCAGCCGGGUUGGCUUCCGGCCUUACGUCCUCUGGUUCUGUUUGCAACAGCUGCAAUGUCCCCCAGGGGACAGGAAUGGGGACCAAGAACAGACAGGGGGACGUCACCGGGGAGCCGGCUCGUCCGCCCUGCCCGCCCCAAGCCGCCAUCAGCCCAAGCCGUUGGCGUCUUCGAUUCCUUCUGUCGUCCGAUUAACCCGCAAACCAGCAAUAGUCUACGCUCCCCCUGGAAUCUAACAUGCUGUUUACAUGGAUAAAUGCACUUAAGAAAACCAAUUAAAGCUCAUUUUAAAGUUUAAA